AUGGUUGCUUGCUAUCCUGGAAAUGGAACUGGGUAUGUUCGUCAUGUGGACAAUCCAAAUGGUGACGGGCGCUGCAUCACCUGUAUUUAUUACCUGAAUAAGAACUGGGACUCCAAGCUGCACGGUGGAAUUCUUCGGAUAUUCCCAGAAGGAAAGUCCUAUGUAGCAGACGUUGAGCCGAUUUUUGACCGAUUACUUUUUUUUUGGUCAGAUAGAAGGAACCCACAUGAAGUCCAGCCUUCUUAUGCAACCAGGUAUGCCAUGACUGUGUGGUAUUUUGAUGCUGAAGAAAGAGCAGAAGCUAAAAAAAAGUUCAGGAACUUAACUGAUGCAAGGAAGAGAGAAGCACCUCUUAAUGAAGACUAGUCAACUGUUCCUAAACUCUUUGUGAGGAAGUAAGAUCCCAAAGAUGACUUCCAUUUCCAGCGAACAAGGGCAAAUUGUUAUGCAGAAGAAUGCACUGGUUGUGUCUAGCAUGUGCAUCUUAUAUUGAUGGUACUUAAGGCAACCUCCUGUCAUGCCUGCAUCUGGCAGAAGGAACACUUGUUUUCUAUUUGCCUUUUGCUGGAAAAAGUAACCAGGGUUAAAAAAAAAAAAGAGUAUCACUAAGCCUAGUGGUAGUGGCUCAGCCAACUGGCUUUUGAUCACUCUUGUAACCAAGAUAACGAUCAUUGGAACUUGUGGUAAAAACCCAAGUCUUAUUUGCACUUUAUGGGG